ACCCGAGCAGCGCGCGCUCCUGUGUCGCAGCUCGCAGGACUCGCGGUCCGCGCCUUUUGCAACUUGGAACGUGGCGGCAUGGACGAGACUUGUGACCUGAAGUACAAGACGCUGGCCAGCCCUCUGGGGGCAAUAGAGCUGUCCGGGUGCGAGCGAGGUCUGCACAGGAUAAGGCUCCCAGGCAAGAAGACCCCAGAAGCUGACCCUGCAGAGGCCCCCGCUCCCCCUGAAGGUCUCGGAGGCCCGAAGAGAACGCCGGAGCCCCUGGUGCAGUGCGAGGCCUGGCUGCACGCCUACUUCCACGAGCCUUCGGCCAUCCCCGAGCUGCCCGUGCCUGCUCUCCAUCAUCCCGUUUUCCAGCAAGAUUCAUUCACCGGACAGGUGUUGUGGAAGCUGCUGAAGGCUGUGAAAUUCGGAGAAGUGGUUUCUUACCAGCAAUUAGCAGCCCUGGCAGGCAACCCCAAGGCUGCCCGGGCCGUGGGAGGAGCCAUGAGGAGCAACCCCGUCCCCAUCCUGAUCCCGUGCCACAGGGUGAUCUGCAGCAGCGGAGCCGUGGGCAACUACUCCGGAGGAGGCCUGGCUGUGAAGGAAUGGCUUCUGGCCCACGAAGGGCGCCAGGAAGUGAAGCCAGCCUGCAGGGGCGGCUCGGGCCCAGCCAGGACCUGGCUAGGGGUGGCCGGCGGCAGCACCGGCUGCCAGCAGGCUGGCCAAGAUGGAGCGAGUGGCUGGGGCAAGUGAAGGCAGCCUGCGUCGGGAGGUGGUGGGGGUAUGCCUGGGGGCC